AUGGUAAUUAAACGUGUAAUUAUCAUUGUAUUUUUAAUAUUAAGUUUAUUCAGUACUAUUAUAUUCGAAUUCAUAUUAAACACACAUCCAAAAAUAAUACUAUUAGAAUGUAUUCAAUCAUCAUUAACCUUAAUAAAUAUUAUUCUUAUAGUAUCAAUAUUACUUGUUUUAUUCAGUGUAUUAUUGAUAAUAGUUAAUGAUUAUGGUAUAUUUAUAAUUUAUAUGACAUUUUUAAAAUUCUUCGAAUUAAUACUACCUUUAAUUGAUUUAAUGCAUUUACUUUAUAUUUAUCAUUAUAAAACAUGUUAUACUUAUGAGGAAAAUUCCAUUACAACGAAUUUAAAAUCAACAAAGAUAAUAUAUCUUUCUUUAAUUUUUGCAUGGAUUCGUUUAAUAAUUAAUAUGAAUUUUGUUCGUCGACGAUGUAAUUGUAAACGGAAAAGACAAGUUUUAGUUAUCUUUGAUUUAUUACUGUUUAUUUUGAUUAGUAUUAGUCUUAUUCGAUAUUCAAGUGAAUAUAUAUUUCGAACUGGACAAAAAAUAAUCUUGGGUGUUUUGGUAUUUCAAUUCAAUGAUCUAUUUUAUAAUGAACUCUUCUGGAUCAACCUAAUGAAAUGGAAUAAACAUAUUCGACAACAAUUUCGAUUUACAUCUUCCCGAAAGUUUCUUAAUUGGAUCAUUCUUAAAUUUACAAAUACCAUCGAACAUUUCCUCUUAAAAAUCAUUCAUUUAAUAUUAAUUAUUCGUUGGAUUAUAGGAGCAUUUAUUGUUUAUUUAUUUCUUUUUUCUAUAUUUCGAUCAAAAUCUAUCGCUGAUGAUGUUGGUAUCUUUUAUAAUGCAGGAAUUUUUACUUUCUUGAAAGUUAAUACAUGUAUUAUGAUAUCAAGCAUAAUUCUUUACAUUAUUAUUCAUUGGGAUACAUCACAGAGUCGAAAAACACUUAAUCAAUAUGGAGUUUUACGUUUUUGCAUUGGUGUUGACUUUUUACCCGGUAUAGAAGCAACUGAAAGAUCAUUGCAUUCAACACGUACUGCUUCAGUCAAUUUCAGAUCAUCAGCGUUUCCUUUCGAACAACAAACUUGUUUGAUAUGUUAUGAUGAUAAAGAUUUAAAUGACUAUAUUUAUUCAUUUGCUAAUGCUUGUCAACAUCCAGUUCGAUCGAUAUGUAAAUCUUGUCUUUUUAAUCAUGUUCAACAAACGUUUCAAGUGACAUUUACUGAUGAUAUUUAUUGUCCUGAGCCUGAUUGCCAUGUUAAACUUGAUUAUGAUAUUGUAAGAAAUAUUUUUUUAUCAAAUCGUGAUCAAAACCUUAUUGAUAGAUAUGAUCGAUAUAUAUUGAAUCGACAAUUAGAACUAAUGGAUGAUUUUAUAUGGUGUUCAAACCCUUCAUGUAAUGUUGGACAAGUAAAUGAAGAUGGUGCAAUGAAUAAUAUAGUUACUUGUUUUAAUUGUCAUCAAAAGACAUGUUUUACGCAUAAAGUAAAAUGGCAUGAAGGAUUAACUUGUGAAGAAUAUAAUAAAAAUGUUGAUUUGAAUGAUGAAUCUAGUCGACGAUGGAUUGUUGAAAAUUCAAAAAAAUGUCCAAAAUGUCCAUAUCAGAUAGAAAAAAGUGAUGGUUGUGAUCAUAUAAAAUGUAUUAAAUGCCAUCAUGAAUUUUGUUGGUCAUGUUUAGCUGAUUUUCAACCAAUACGACAAGAUGGAAAUCAUCGACAUAAUCGAAACUGUAAACACUAUGCUCCCUAUGAUGAAGAAUACAUUUAG